AGUUUCAGGUGACUCUUCUGUUUGGUAUUUCUCGUCCUAGAUCUGCCUCUGGACUACAAGUUCCCCAGGUUUUCACCAGACGAGCCCUGCACCACCGGCUAUUAUCCCAGGCCUCCGGAUUCUUUGCUGAAGAGGCGUGAGAGUAUGUCGUAAAAGAGAAAAAAAAGCUCUCUUGCCCCCUCUGCCUCAGGAGAGGAAUGUGCCUGUAGUUUUCCACCUGAGCCCCACCACCAUCUGUGGAGCACAGAAAGCUUACACUCCUCACCCAUUCAGAGAAACCAUGUGAAUGUAAACCACAGUGUCUCUCUGUUUGAACGUUAUGUUGUGGUUUAGUGUAUCGUAUAUGUGGACAUAUGCCAAAAUAUGUGUGCGUGUGUGUCUGCAAACAAUAACAGUAAGAGAUGUAUUGUUUUUAUUGUUUAUUGUGGGAAGCCCUCUUAUUUUCAAUGGUAACAUCCAAAUUCUUUUCUGAAAUUAAGUGAACAUUUUACUGUCUCGUUUUCCCUGCAGUGAUUACCUCAAAAAUGUUGUCUACUGUGAGCGGACCCCAGAUGGUCACAGUUCUAGUGUCUCUGUUUCAGUAGAACACUGUCCUUUGAUCAUUUGUUUUGCUGUAUUCAUUUAGAAACGAUGGUCCAGUGUUUCCGUGCCGCUAGAAUGGCACAAUGCUGUCUUUUGCAUUUGCUGUUAAAAAAACACAACUUUGGGAAACACUUAGUACUAAUGGAUGAUGCAGAUUACGCUAGAUGUUCUAUGUAUUCUUCUUGGUGCAACAUUGACAUGUGCUUUUCGAUUCAUUGUGUAUAAAUGUGGACCACUUUCAUUCAUAUGCGGUAUAGACUGAGACCUGCUUCAACCGACUUCCGAAUGGUUUCGUUGUCUGUCUGCAUAGAUGAGUAGCACCAUACAGUAUUUAAGGGACACUCACUUUGCUUGUUGCUGUCACAGACGAUUGAGAUCAGGUUCUUCUGUGCAUUAAUGAGGUGUUUAGCAUAGCUUGGCAUUUGUGUGGAAGAUGAAACCUGUGCGGAAGCCUGGUACAGAGUGGCCUAUGGAUCAGAAGGGAAACCUUCACGGAGUCUGAACAGCUAGUUAGCUUUGUGCUAAGCUGUGCUAAACCUCAGGGCCUUUACUUUAUGUAGAGUAGUAGCUUGAGUAUUCUCAUCUGCCUGGACAACAAGCAGGACACUGAUGUGUACGUGAACCCGCUCAUCCCAGGUGAAUUACUUGUGCUGUCUGUGAAAACAGCUGUAGUGAUUGUAUUCUGCAUCUCUCAUCACCUGGAACGUUUGCCUUAUGUUGGAGUCAUUCGUGAUCAUGCAAAUGCAGAAGGUUCCAUUCUGUGUUCAAGUGUUGAAGUAUUGUCAAUGAAAUAAAAUGUUUUCUUACAUAGGUUUGACUUGUCUUAAACUGACCGGUACAUUUACAGGACUCACACUAGUUAUGACAGCUCUUGUGACUGUUUGUUUCACAACCAACUAUUUAUACAGUAUUUGGACACUGUGGCUACAGUACACAAACGAGCACUGGUCAGGAUUGUCUGCAGAUAUUUCCAGAUCAUCCUUUCGACAGUCAGCAAAGCUACUUCCACAGAACCGUCUCAGUCAUCCUUACUUAAAAGUUACUGGUAGUUGCACAACAGUCUGGUAGUUAGAGUAAGAGGCGCGCUGAGGAGGCAGCUCAGUAGUCGCUUCUCGUUCCUGAAGUCCUAAACCCGAUAACGACCGCUUCAGGCUCCAAUUCAGUACCUGAUACUUCCACGAACCGCACCAGUCGCCUUUAAGCCGCCCCUCCUCACUCGCCAGCGUCACACUCCCUCCGCACUCGUACUUUCUUUCCCCCCGGUCUCCAACUUUUCUUCAGGCUUCAACACGCACUUUGUCCGAACCGAUGGUUUCGUGCCACCGCGGCAGUGGCGGAUGAAAUGGAUCCGUGCGGGAUUUGUGCGCGUCGCUUCUGACAGCUGAGAGUCUUUGGCAAUGCCACCAUCCCCUCUCUCAUGACACAAUGAGGACCCACACCCGUGGGGCCCCUACGGUGUUCUUCAUAAGCCUGCUGUGGCCCCUGCUGGCCCCGCUGGUGGUGGUGGCAGCAGAAGUGGACCCCAGUGGGGGAAUCCACUUCACAGGAGGCAACUAUGAUGGGCACCCCAUGCUGUACUUCAGUCGUGGGGAUGUGGAGAACCUGCAGUAUGCAGCGGUGGGGACUCAUCGGGACAUGGCCAGAAGGAUCCGCGAGGCUGCAGAAAUAAUGCUGGAACACCCAGAGGAGUACCUGCCCCCGUGGAACCCAUCCGAGUUCAGCGCCCGAUGGAACGAGGUGUACGGAAACAACCUGGGAGUGCUGUCCAUGUUCUGCCUGCUGUACCCUCACAGGGCUGGGGCCCUUGACCUGGCCAAGGACUACAUGGAGAGGAUGGCGGCUCAGCCUAGUUGGCUGGUCAAAGACGCCCCCUGGGAUGAGGUUCCCCUGGCCCACUCUCUGGUUGGAUUCGCCACCGCAUACGACUUCCUGUAUGAGUACUUAAACAAAGGCCAGCAGGAGCGUUUCCUGCAGACAAUCGGCAACGCGUCGCGCCUGAUGUACGAGAAGUCGUACGUUCGAGGCUGGGGCUUCCAGUACCUGCACAACCACCAGCCCACCAACUGUGUGGCGCUGCUCACUGGGAGCCUGGUUUACAUGACCCAAGGUUACCUUCAGGAGGCCUACCUGUGGACCAAGCAGGCCCUGUCCAUCAUGGAGAAGUCCAUGGUCCUUUUGCAGGAUGUGACGGAUGGCUCCCUGUAUGAAGGAGUAGCGUAUGGGACGUACACCAGCCGCUCUCUGUUCCAGUACAUGUUCCUGGUGCAGCGCCAUUUUGCCAUCAGCCACUUUGACCAUCCAUGGCUCCUUAAACACUUUGCCUUCCUCUACAGGACCAUUCUGCCUGGAUUCCAGCGGACUGUAGCCAUCGCUGAUUCCAAUUACAACUGGUUCUAUGGGCCAGAGAGCCAGCUGGUGUUCUUGGACCGCUACGUGUUGCGUAACGGCAGUGGAAACUGGCUGGCAGAUAUGAUUCAUCAACACAGGGUGGUGGAGGGGCCGGGCCAGGCAGGCAAAGGCCAGCGCUGGUGUACCCUCCACACAGAGUUCAUCUGGUAUGACCCCAGCUUAGACCCCAGGCCGCCGUCAGAUUUUGGAACAUCCCAACUGCACUACUUUGAGGACUGGGGCGUAGUCACAUAUGGCAGCGCUCUACCUGCUGACGCCAACCGCACCUUUGUAUCCUUCAAGUCGGGGAAGCUUGGAGGACGUGCCAUCUUCGACAUUGUCCACAAGAACAAGUACAAACAGUGGAUUAAAGGGUGGAGGAACUUCAACGCUGGUCACGAGCACCCGGAUCAAAAUACUUUUACUUUCGCACCCAAUGGCGUCCCCUUCAUCACAGAGGCACUGUACGGACCCAAGUACACGUUAUUAAACAAUGCUGUUCUGUUUGGCUCGGUUGUCCCAGGAAGCUGCUUUAAGCCAUGGGCUGGACAGGUGACAGAGGCCUGCGACUCCAAGUGGUUGAAGUACAAGGUGGGGCUGGCAGCCGACGCCCAGGGCAGAGUAGAAGCUGCCAUGGAGAGACAGGGAAUGGUCUUUAUUCGAGGAGAGGGACACUCUGCUUAUAACCCAGAGCUGAAGAUCAGAAACUUUCAAAGGAACCUGCUCCUCCUUCACCCACAGCUCUUACUCCUUGUGGACCACAUCCACCUGGAACCUGAGAGCCCGACCAGGGCCAUGAGCGCCUUCUUCCACAACACUGAGCUGCCAUUCCAGGACACACAGGUAGACGGUGUUCAUGGAGCAUUUGUAUCACACGGUGAGGAGAAAUAUAAGAUGUUCUGGAUGGAUGAUGGUGGCUACAGUAACAAAGGAGUGCUAGGCUAUUGGAAUUACCCUCGAGGCUACCCAUACAACGGCUCCAACUAUGUGAAUGUCACAAUGCUUUUGAGGUACCCUCAUACUAGGGUGGCCUACAUAUUCUUCGGACCAGGCGUGGAUGUACAAAGCUUCAGCCUACGUGGUGAUGACCAAAGAGUGGAUGUCUACCUGGCCACUAAAGAUCACACUUACACUGUUUACCUGCUGACUGGAGAGGUGACCAGCAAGCCCUUGUUUGCCAUGGUGCUGCUGGAUCACAAGAAGAUUGUGUUUGAGAAGGCGGCGGCCACAGUGGACACCUCCCCGGUGGAGGUAGAGGAGUACAUUAACGUGAUGGAGGACAACCUUCAGCAUGUCAAGCCCGUCUUCCAGCAGAUGGAGAGACACAUUCUUGGACGGGUUCUCAACACAGCCAGCUUCCGUAAGACUGCGGAGCGCCUCCUCCAGUUCUCUGACAAGAAGAAGACUGAGGAGAUCAUCGAGAGGAUGUUCGCUAUGUCCAAGAAGCAGGGCAAGGGAAAAGGAGGGAGGAAGGUGAGUCUUGGAGACAAGCUAUCUGAGAGUCUACCUGACAUUUUUGCACAGAUUGAAGUGAGUGAAAAGAGGGAGAGACAGAGGACCUCAAAACGUACAUAUGAGGACAGUCCAGAAGAAGGAGAUGCAGAUUCACGGGCUUUUAUAGAAUAUACAGACGGACGCAAAAACAGGAAGGGUGGCUUUGUGAAGGGACGCAGAUUUAAGGAGGUUCACAUGGCGCCUACAGCGGGGAGUGAGGGCCUCCCCAGCACUGCCUCCUACAUCAGACUCUUCCUCCUUCUCAACAUGGCCACCUUCUUUUUACUUCUGGCUGUGUUACUGACUCGCUUUCAGAGGGGUCGAAGCCUGCACACUCAGAGGUGCUUCUACACCGUCCUCCUGAUCGACUGCUUCAUCUUGCUUUACCUCUACUCCUCCUGCUCCAGUACACAGUGCUGACAUCAUCCAACCACAGAUGAAACAACCAUAGAUGAAACAAUUGCGUAAUAUUAGGGCCACUCUUAGAAAGAGUCUGUCAAAAGUCAUAAUAUUACAAUAAUCAACACAAAACUUUUAGCUUCUAGACUUUUUUACAAUUUAGAAAGAAAUAACUGUUUUCAAAUUCGUUAAUAACAAAAUGUUGAAAUGAGCUAAGUAUUUAUUGGGUACAAUCUACUUUAGUCCAAUACACAAACUCUCAUUCAUUCUACUUUUGCAGUGUUACGUAUAAUUUCUCGUAUAUAUGCAGUACACAAACACCUUUUACUGCUUAGAUACAUUAAACUCUAAAUGUCACACUACCAGGUUUUAGCAGAGAUAAUUGAAAUGCAAACAGUAGAUUUAGGAUUUUUCUUAACUUACGACUGUAUAUUCUUUAACUUUGAAUAUUAUUAUUAUUAUUAUUAUUAUGUCUUUCAUGAUAUCAAAUUUGUUUCUGUAAUAUUAUGAGUUUAAUGAUCAUCCCUUUAGUUUAAUUUUGUUUUUAUUUGUGUUUUAAUAACAUGAGGAUUUGCUUGUUAUUAUUAUGGAUUCUGUGACUUAUAUUUGUAUAUUCAUGUUAUAUACCAUAAAUUUAUUUUUCUAUUAUUAGUUUUUCUAGUCUAGAGUUAUUAUUUUUCCUUUUAUACCAUUGCCCCAAACCAUGAUAACUAUUCGAGAUAUUUUCUAAGAAUGGUCCUAAUACUGUCUCUGUGGUGUAUGGGAAAACACAUUAUUUCAAAUGUUGUAACCAGACCACCUCUGAUGUAAUGAGUUUCUGUAGAGCCUUAGUCUGUGUUUGUUCGUAUAGAGCAUUGUAUCGAGGUCAGCCACUAUAAUGCAGUCACCACACCUAUACUUGAGCUUUAUUUUUGUCUACAUCAUUUAGCGUAAUACAUUUAAAUGUACAUAUGUGAAAGCAAGAUAUAUUUUGCUGUCUCUUUUUUAGCACUUGUAACUACUACAUGACAGUUCAUCGUGGUGUGUGUCCAGUGUAAAUAUCAUUGAAAGAAAUCACUGAUGCAGUGACUUUUGCUACAACAAGUAGACAAGACCAGCACAAACACAUGAACACAGGAUAAUUCAACAACAGCACAAAAGUUGACUUCUGUCAUUUUUUCAAAAUUCGAAGAUAAAUAUUGACAGUCUUGGUUAUUACCAGGACAUGAUGGAAAUAAAAAUUACAUUUUUGAUUAGUUUAGUGUCUUUUCAGCACACUUCAGCACGUUUUUUCCAACGUGCUUCACUCACUAUAUCUGUGAAUAUCAUUAUCAUCAUUAUCAAUAUCAUAUCAGAAUCAUUUGCUUAGCACUCAGUACUGGCUUAUAGCAUUUGUUUAAUCAUAAACAUUCUGUUCAUUCUGAUGCUUUUUCAGCCAAUGGUCUUUUGAUGGUUCCCCAUUCAUAAAAUGCAAAUGCAAUGCACAGAUUGCCCUGAGUGAUCCUAAAGAGAUGUAUUUUGGUUGUGUUCAUUCCCAGACAGUCCUGACACAUAUGUUGUACAGUUCCAAGCACAGCUUUAGACACUCUCACCUCCUCAUCCUACAUGCUUCAACGUGCCAGUGUCAUCCACUGUAAACCCAGCAGCUCUUCACAGUACAGACGAUGAUGCAGACAAGAUAAACAGUCAUUUAAAAUGUCGCCAGUCAGAAAUUAGUACUGUGUAAUAUCAUCAGCAGAAUAAAGUUCUUUUUACAGCA